GACGACAGAUUGUUCUACACCGCGCAGCAAAUUCACACGGCUCGAGAGUUGGCCGAGUCCGCCGGACACUCGGAACUGGUCGGCCUACUGGACUCUGCUUCGAGCUACCGCCGCGAUAUCGGCCACUUGCAUGUCGCCGUGACGAAGGCCGACAUGGCCGUGUUAUCGAGGCUCGCCGGCAAGCGGAAGGACAUGUACGUUGCGUCCUGUCCGAUCAUCUUUCUCCAUCUAGCGCCGCCUAUUGCCAACAGUCGUCAAGCCACUAACCUCAACCACUUUUCACUACCACAAUUUAGUCUGGUCUCGUGGCGUUUAGCCAAUCACUCCAAGUUGAACUCCGUUUUUGCCCCUUGA